AAUGUCUUCUAUUCCAAACAAUUUCAAUUUUCUUGGUGAUGAUACUAACAAUCAUAGUUUUUUCCCCAUCCAGAUGAACCAUAAUUCUAAUAUGGUUAGAUCGAUGUUCAUUAGUUCUGAUCACACAAACCAUGGAAAUUUUUUUCCCUCAUCUCCUUCUUUUACUUCUUUUCAUAAUUCACAUGUCUCUUCAUCAUCUUUUGGAUAUCAAAAUUCACAUGUGAGAAACCAUAUAAUGAGUGACAAUUAUUUUCCUGUCAAUAAUCAUUCUCAUCUCACUCGAGUUUCUUUCACUCAAACCAUUACAAAUAGGUAUACUGCUAUCAUUCCUACUAAUACGCUUGACAAUGCACAAUAUGGUAUUGAACGUGUCAAACGUGCUAUGAAUUCUGAAAGUAAUAUUUGGAAUCGUACAUUUUCUUCUCCAAUUACUUUUGAUAAAAAGUGCGAGAUUUUGAAUCCAAAACCUCUUAAUGUCAUUUAUCCGCGUCAAGAUUCUGCAUAUUCUCAACAUUUAGACAUGUAUUCCUUGUCAUCAAAGCACAACCAUGACCAACAUAUUCUCCAAGAUGGUCGUUCAUUGAAGAAAAUACUACAACCAAUCAAUCGUUUUGAGAAAACUACUGAGAAAAGUGACGGUAGUAAUCAAGAUGAUGGUCGGACACAUAGUCUACCAUAUGAAAAGUACGGUCCAUAUACAUGUCCUAAAUGCAAUGGUGUGUUUGAUACUUCUCAAAAAUUUGCUGCACAUAUGUCAUCUCACUACAAAACUGAGACGAGCGAAGAAAGAGAACAAAGACUUCGAGCAAAAAACAAAAGAAAGUUCUGUAAAUUAACCUAUGGAGUUCAUGGUAGGUAAAAGACCAAAACAAGAGAAUGAAGUCAAGAAGGGUGAAAAAAUCGAGGAAGAAGAUUUAAAACAUCUUGUGAUCAUAGAAGAAGAGCUUGUUUAGGAUUUUAUUUUCUUAAGUAUUUCUUUCAACAUAUUGUAUUCAGAAAAUGCAUGUCUUUCUCAUUCUAGUAGUAUUUUAUUAUAUAUUUGUUGUUAUAAUUUUCAA